AUGUGCCUGGGAGGUAGUGUUGGCAGUAUAGGGGUUUAGGUUUGGAUGCUCCUAAGGUACCCCCAGUCAGGGCGGAUGGCGCAAGGUUGGGCCGGCUUUUCUGAGGAGGAGUUGAGGAGAUUAAAGCAGACUAAAGAUCCAUUUGAAUCACAGCGGCGUCGACCCAUUAACAAAAGUAGACAACAGCUUCAGCGAGAAAAAGCCCUUCAGGAGCAGUGCCAGAAACUUGGACUUCAAGGUGGAUCACCCUCAUUGCCUCCAGAGCAGCUGCUUUCAGCAGCAAAGCAGAGAUUUAAUACUCAAAAACCUCAUUCUUCCCUUCCUUCUCCUGGCACACUCACCUCUCCGACUGGUGAUGGAAAACAACAGAGUACUGAAAGCCAGCCAAAGGAGCUGGGGCUGGAGAAUUCCCAUGAUGGAAACCUCAACAAAAACAUGAAGGCUCUACCACCAGAGUCAGAUUGCAAACUGGAGAAAAAGAAAAUGGAAUUGCAAGAAAAAUCUCGUUGGGAAGUGCUCCAACAAGAGCAACGACUAAUGGAAGAGAAAAAUAAACGGAAGAAAGCUCUAUUGGCCAGAGCAAUUGCAGAAAGAUCCAAAAGAACUCAGGCAGAGACCAUGAAAUUAAAGCGUAUCCAGAAAGAGUUACAGGCUUUAGAUGACAUGGUGUCAGCUGACAUUGGAAUCCUCAGGAAUCGGAUUGACCAGGCCAGCCUAGACUAUUCAUAUGCCAGGAAGCGAUUUGACAAGGCUGAAGCCGAGUAUGUUACGGCAAAGCUAGAUCUGCAGCGCAAAACUGAAAUCAAAGAGCAGCUGACUGAGCACCUCUGCACGAUCAUCCAGCAGAAUGAACUCCGGAAGGCCAAGAAGUUGGAGGAAUUGAUGCAGCAGCUGGAUGUACAAGCUGAUGAGGAGGCUCUGGAACUUGAAGUAGAGGUGGAAAGAUUGCUGCAAGAACAAGAAACAGAAGCAAGAAAACAAGUAGUUCAUGCAGAGAGUCCAUGUCAACCUUCUGAGGGCAGAGAGACACUAGGACCUUCUAAAGAGAGCAGAAAGGAUCAAGAACAAACUGUUUCCCCAAAGGUAGACAGACAGAGUGAAAAUUCUGUUCCUAGUUCACACUGCCAAAAUCAAGACAUUAAAGCUGCUGUAAAUGACAGUUCAGCUACUCUGCCCACAUAA